UAAUGUGAUGACGUAAUAUAUAUGCGACCGCUCCACAAGUUAAGGUUUUCAGUGAAUUUGUGCUACCUUUCAUUUUUUUAAAUUCAUUAGAAAAUUACACGAGAAGUCACUUUCUUGUGUAUUAUUACUGACAUGAAUAGCCGGUUGCAGGAAAUACGGGAAAGGCAGAAGCUCAGACGGCAGCUUCUUGCACAACAGCUCGGGGCAGAGAGUCCCGACAGCAUCGGCGCUGUUCUCAACAGCAAAGAUGAACAAAAAGAGAUCGAGGAGACCAGAGAAACAUGCAGGGCAUCAUUUCACACAUCAGUCCCCUGUGCUAAAAGAAAGGGCCAAAAUGAGGAUGAGGAUCCAGAGGAGGACGUGGUGGAGCAAAGGGAAGAUGUCGAGCCCCAGCAGCUGGAGGAGAGCGGGCCGUAUGAAGAGGUGUACAAAGACUCCAGCACUUUCCUAAAGGGCACCCAGAGUCUUAAUCCGCACAAUGAUUAUUGCCAACACUUUGUGGACACGGGUCAUAGACCUCAAAAUUUUAUCCGAGAUGGAGGUCUGGCUGACAGAUUUGAGGAGUACCCCAAACAAAGAGAGCUCAUCCGACUAAAAGAUGAGCUCAUCGCUGCCACCAACACCCCACCCAUGUAUCUUCAAGCAGAUCUGGACAACUUUGAUCUGAGAGAUCUGAACUGUAAAUUUGAUGCAAUUCUGAUAGAGCCUCCAUUAGAGGAGUAUUACAGAGAGUCAGGCAUAAUUGCCAAUGAACGCUUCUGGACCUGGGACGAUAUCAUGAAGCUGGAUAUAGAGGAAAUCUCUUCUAUCCGCUCUUUUGUUUUCCUGUGGUGUGGAUCAGGAGAAGGCCUUGAUCUAGGCAGAAUGUGUCUGAGGAAGUGGGGCUUCAGGCGAUGUGAAGAUAUUUGUUGGAUCAAGACCAACAAAAACAACCCUGGCAAGACCAAAACGCUGGAUCCUAAAGCAGUGUUCCAAAGAACCAAGGAGCACUGUCUGAUGGGCAUCAAGGGCACAGUUAGACGCAGCACAGAUGGCGAUUUCAUUCAUGCUAAUGUGGAUAUAGACCUGAUCAUUACAGAGGAGCCAGAGAUGGGCAAUAUUGAGAAGCCAGUGGAGAUUUUCCACAUCAUUGAACAUUUCUGCAUGGGCCGUCGACGGCUCCACCUGUUUGGCAGGGACAGCACCAUCAGGCCAGGUUGGUUGACUGUGGGCCCCACACUGACCAAUAGCAACUUCAACGCAGAAGCUUACUCCGCCCACUUUAGUGAGCCCAACUCUUACUUGUCUGGUUGUACUGAGGAAAUCGAGAGACUUCGCCCCAAAUCUCCAACUUCUAAAAGCAAGGCAGAGAGAGGUGGGGGGGCACCACGUGGAGGAAGGGGCGGUCCCUCCGUAGGAAGAGGAGAUCGCGGUCGAGAGAGGAACCGACUAAACUUCCGUGGAGAUCGAGGUGGAUUCAGAGGCCGUGGAGGCCCACAUCGUGGUUUCCCUCCUCGAUAGUGCACAGCAUGCCUUCUUUGCUGUGACAAGAAAUGAAAUGAAAUCGGGAUCUGAUGUUUUUGUGCCUGAAAUUCGAAAAUGAGUUGUUGCCUUCCAUUGGAUUGGUGUUGUUUUGGUAGUGUAUUGUAAAAGAGGUUAUAAGCAGGAAUCAUUUUAAAUGGCUGGCAUGCAGACUCAUUCCUUAAUGAUUUUUGUGUUAAGUCACUUGAUUACUCAUGUCAAAUUAAUUGUAAGAGUAUUAUUCAACCUCAUGACUCAUUAAACCCACAUUUUAUAAUGAAAAACUGAAAGUAUUAUUUUGCAUUUUUUUUUUUUGUUCUGGGUUCUCACAGUCACAUAGGACCUGGAAAUAUCAGAGAAUCUUUCAAUCGUGUCGUUCAAGCCUGGAAAAGUCCUAGAAAAAUAGUCCCUAGAAAAGAUUUGUAGUUAUGCUCUCUUCUAAAGUAUGUCAUCGGCAAGAUAUUGCUCUUAAAACUUGAUUAAAAUCUAUAGUGCUGUCUAAUUUGUGAGCGCAUCGUUCCUUUGAGUCGGUUCUUUUUAAAGAAUCGGUCAAAAAAAUUGGUCUGAAUGAUAAUUUAGUGAAUUGGUCUGAAUUUUAAUUAACCAGUUAUCACAAAUGACUUCCAAAAGUCAUGGAAAUUCAUUGGUCAAAAAGUGUGGGAACCCUGUUUAUUACUAUUUGUUUGUACAUUUCCAUGUUUUGUUUGGUUUGUCAAACAUCUCGUAUUAAUAUCAGAUUUUCAGACUUCCUGUCUGUCCAGUGGUGGGCAGCAGAACUGAUUUUUGUGAUCAUUGUUGUCAAAGAAGCUUAUUGCUUGUAGUGUUAAUGAAAUGUAGAAUUACUGUCUUUUGCAGUGAAUAAAACCAGAGAGUAUUUAGCAGAGAUGGGCCACUUCUAUUAAAAUGAAUGGGAGAAGUUGGAACGCCCAACCAAGGAGCUUUAAGCGCACAACAGAUGUAGAAAGGAAGUCCCGCCUUACAGGUAAAAGAGCCAAUCACCUUUUAGAUACAGACAUCGCCUGUCAAUUAUCUCGAGAAUGUGUAUUAGCUAUACACAUUGCGUUUUUAGCGUAAUCUGAGGUAAAGAAGCACAAUUUAUGAUACCAGCAUUGUCAGAUUUUACUGCUGAUUUGAAAUAUGAUCUUUGAUCGUACUCUUGAGCGAUCGUUUUUGAGAUUUCGGUGUUCCUCCAUUCAAGUAGAUAGGAGCUGCACUGGCAUGACUGGAAAAAGCCUCCCAGGAGCGUUCCAAAGAUGGCCAACAGUGGACUGACUUGCUAGAAAGACUUUGAUAAAAGUCAACAUAAUUUACCUCACAGGUACUUCAUUUUUGCUGAGCACGGUUGGGCAACAUUCAGAAUUUUAUAAUUGGCUCGCUUUAUAAUUUAUGAGUAAGAAUUUGAAUUGAAUUCCCACAGGGUGUUGAAUUGGAAUGACAGGAAAAUACAUUUACUGAUUUACAAGUGAAAGAAAUUCAACACAGUCACAAAUGAUAGGAAUUUCAAUAGUCCAACAAAAUAGGCAAGAACUUUUUAGGUGCUUUUGCUUUUAAGGUUCACAUUUUAUAAGUCUACUUCAUAGUGUUUGGCUCCAUUUUGAAGACUUUAGGGUAAAUUCGAGAAAUAGAAAAGAUCAUCAUCCAGCAGCUUGCGAAUGGCCUGGCAAAGAUCGAACGAUGUCAGCUUCCUGGAAAGUAUUAGGUGUGGUGCCAUCAUUUCACUUUGUACCCAGGGGUAAAGUGGCCGCUGAAGCGAAGCUGAGUAAAGUCAUCUUAAAGGGAUAGUUCACCCAAAAAUAAAAAUUAUGUCAUCAUGCCAUCCCAAAUGUGUAUGACUUACUUUCUUCAGCAGAACAAAAUUGACGAUUUUUAGAAGAAUAUCUCAGCUCUGUAGAUCUGUACAAUGCAAAUGGAUGGUGAUCAGCUCCAAAAAGCCCAGACAAUCAUAGUAAAAGUAAUCCAUAUGACGCCAGUGGUUAAAUACGAUCGCUUUUGGUGAGAAACAGAUCAAUAUUUAAGUACUUUUCACAAUAAUUUUACAGCGUACAGUUCUUUCAUCAUUGUGCGUGCUGCCCCAGUGGCUUUCACUUCAUAUGAAGUGUUUAUAUCCGUGUCUCCCGCUGAAUGCAUUUAAAUGCGAUCUACAAUAUCGAACAGUCUCAAGCCAAGGAUCUUCAAAGAUAUUAGUCAUUAAUCUUACAGUUCAUUCAAAAUCUUUGUUUAAACACUGGCCCUCAAAGAGGCCCUUUUUGGGAUUUUACCUUUCCUUUAGUGUGUAAUAUAGCUGUUUGUGCAUGUAAAAGGUCUGCAAAGUUACAAAGUCCACGCCAAAGGGAGUUACUCUCUCCCACAGAAAACGCUGCUCCUGAACUGCCUGAAAUGCCUGGUUUGCAGUCCAGCCAUUACUUCCGUGACAUAGCUACAUCACUGUGUAAUACAUUUGCAUAAUGCUCAGGAAUGCGCUGCUCAGGAAGCCUCAGGAGCUGAAACUCAGUUAUGGUAAGAGCAGUUACAUUUCUGACACACGCUCUAACCGGUUGACCAAUCACAACAGACUGGGCCAGCUGACCAAUCAGAGCAGACUGGGCUUUUCGGAAAGGGGGUCUUUAAAGAGACAGGAGCUAAAACAGAGCAUUUCAGACAGGGUGAAAAGAGGUGCUGCAGCAAUGUACAAUAUGAGAAAAAUAAUGUUUUUUUUUUUUGUUUGUUUUUUUACAUUAAAGCAUGUAAACCUAUUCUAGCAGAUGCCCAAAAUAAAAUUAUGAACUUGUAAAUGAGCAUAAUAUGGGCUCUAUAAUACUUAGUUUACUAAUUUUAAACCAUGACUUGCACUGCACAUAAAUAAUUAAUAUUGGCAUUAUAUUCAUGAUGUUAGCCAGAGGGGAACUGGCCCCCACAUUGAGCCUGGUUUCUCCCAAGGUUAUUUUUCUCCAUUAACCACCAUCUUAUGGAGUUUUGUGUUUCUUGCCACAGUCACCUUCAGCUUGCUCGCUGGGGUUCUGUUAAAGCAUGAUUUUCUGUAAAGCUGCUUUGAAACUAACUGUUGUAAAAAGCACUAUACGAAUAAAAAUGACGUGACUUAA